UUACUGCCAUGUCCGGUAAAAGGCCGAAGACCAUUUUUACUGAUCAAGAUGCCGCUAUGGCAAAAGCCAUCCCAUUGGUAAUGCCAGAAACAUAUCAUCAAAUUUGCACGUGGCAUAUGAGGCAGAAUGCAAUGAAACAUCUUGGAUAUUUGUAUAAAGAAGAAGACUCUGAGUUUGCAGAAUAUCUUCAUGCAUUCAUCAAUGAUAUAUUGGAAGAGGAUGAAUUCCUAUCUGCUUGGGAUGCCAUGGUCUCUAAGUAUGAUCUUGAAGGUAAUAAUUGGAUACAACUUACUUUUCAAGUAAGAGAGAAAUGGGCCAAAGCUUAUGUCAAAAGUACUUUUUGUGAUGGUAGUAAAACUACACAGCUAAGUGAAAGUUUGAAUGCUGACAUAAGGCAUUACUUGAAAUCAGACCUCGACUUAGCUCAAUUUUUCAAACAUUUUGAAAGAGAGGUCGACAACAAGCGGUACAAUGAAUUGAAAGCUGAGUAUAACUUAAGGCAAAAGCUACCUCGCAAAAAGAUGAACACACCGAUGUUAACACAGGCUGGGGAAGUGUACACAUCAAAAGUAUUUGAGAAAUUUCAGGCUGAGUAUGAAGUGUACCAAGCAGCUUAUAUGGAGGACCGUAUCAAUGAAGGUUUGCCAACAAGUGAAUACACCGUUGCGAUACUUGGUCAACCUAAAACUUACAAAGUCUUAGGCAACCGUUUAGAACAAAUUGUUUCCUACAGUUGUUGUAAAUUUGAGGCAGUUGGAAUAUUGUGCAGCCAUGCUCUAAAGGUUUUGGAUGUGAUGGAUAUUAAGCUCAUACCGGAAAGAUAUAUUCUAAAGAGAUGGACACGAGAUGCGAAGGCUGGAAUCAUGAAGGACUUUAAAGGACGUGAGGUUGAAGGUGACAAUAAAUUGAAGGAUACCAAUAGAUAUAGAAUGUUAUGCCCUGAAUUGGUAAAACUUGAAUCCCGAGCGGCAGAAUGUGAAGAGGCAUCUGCCUUGGUAGCUAGCUAUAUGAAUGAGAUGUUUGAAAAUGUUGAAGAUAUCUUAAAGAACAAACGAGAUAUGGAUGAGUCUACUAAUGAAGGACAAGACUCUCCACAUGAAGCUCCUUUGGAAAAUUUUGUUGCCGUUCAGCCAAAAGGACUUAAGAAAAAACAGGCUCCUCGCAGGGGAAACAAAAGACCAAAAAGUUGGACUGAGAAACAAGGGAAGAAAAAAAAGGGUGGAUCAGCAGAAGUUGUUCCAAAUGAGGAGUCAUUUCUUGGUCCUGCAAUGGCAAGAGAGGUGGUUCAGGGCCAUGAUAUAACAGCUAUCCAUACGCAAAAGCUGGUCGGAUGCUCCAAUCAAAAUCUAUCGUCGAUGCAUACAAGGGUUACAAGUUACAAGUCAACUUCUUGCCCAUCCAAUGCAACUAUCAAUGACUCCAUACCUCCAAAAAUGCAUGGACAUGGGCAUAUUGGAAGUAUUUCCUCUCUAGUCACUACCACUCAAAUUUCUAAUCCACCAUUUUAUUCUAUCUCAGGUACUUUUCUAACUCAAACUUCUACAUUUAUGAUUAAAUGCAUGUCUUUAUUUCGGUGUUGCUAAUUGGAACUAAUUACAACCAGGAUGUUGAAAAAUAUGAGGCACCAGCAUGGAUGAAUCCUGAAGAAGUUGAAUUUAUGAGGAAUUCUAGCUACAGCAAUUUCAUGUGAUGGCUUACUCCUGAUCACCUCAUGAGAAUUUCUUUGAAUGAUAUUAUAUCUGUAAUUUUGUUUCUUUCGGCAUGGUUUCUUUCACUGAUAUUAUGUAGGUCUUGAGGAUUUUUUUCCACUGAUGUUUUAUUAAAAAUUUCAUCAUGGUUUCUUUCACUGAAAUUAUAUAGCUCGUGAGUUUUUUUUUUUUUUUUCUAGCAAAACAAGCACAGAUCCAAGAACGUCAAUUCAAUUCAUAGCACUACUAUUGGUAGGAGUUAUAAAUUUCACCCAAGGCAUUCACUCUCUGAUCCAUGAAUCCAAAUAAAAAUACUUACAAAUUGAAUUACAACUCCACAAAAUCAGACAUCAAAAGAGAGUUGGAAAGAAACUUCUUGCAAAAAUGAGAUGCUCUGUUUUAAAAAGAACACGUUGAUGGGUAAUGGAGAGAUGAAAACCUUAAGGGUUAAUGUGAGGAAGACGACUAUGUUUCUCUUUUUGGUGGGAAAAUCUAU